UAUCAACAUCCAACAUGGCUGCUCCAGCGAAGAGCACACCCAGAGAUGCUCAAAUUAUGGCUGCAAUUUUGAAAGAUAUGGGUGUUUUAGAAUAUGAACCAAGAAUAAUCAAUCAGAUGCUAGAGUUUACAUACCGGUAUGUAACAGAUAUAUUAGAUGAUGCCAAAAUCUACUCAGCACAUGCAAAUAAAAAGACGAUAGAUGUAGAUGAUGUUAAAAUAGCAGUACAGUGUAGAAUGGACCAUUCCUUUACCUCACCACCCCCAAGAGAUCUACUAAUGGAGAUUGCUAGACAUAAAAAUAAUCAACAAUUACCUUUAAUAAAACCAUAUACAGGACCACGCCUUCCACCAGAUCGUUACUGUCUCUCGGCACCAAAUUAUAAACUCAAGUCUACUAAAAAGCCAAGAAUUCAGUUUGGUUUACCUAUGAAACAAAUUAAUCAGUUUGGUAGUGGACAAAGAAUAAGUCUAGCAAACUUAAAAACUAGCAGUAGUAGUGGAAACCCUACAUUAACCGUUGUAACUAAAGCUGUAAGUCAACCAACUGUUACGAUAAUUAGUAAACCAGCAUCCAGUUUACCGAAACCUACAAUCCGAGUUAAUACAGGUUCUCUGGGAUCAACAAGCUUACCUAAAAUAAUAACUCAAAGUUCUUCUGGUACAAGUAUAUUAACACCGAAACCUACACCGAUACAGACUUCAUUAUUACCUACCACUAUUACACCUACUAUUAGUUUAUCAUCAGCUAUUAAUACACCUACUGUUAUAACUAAUCCUUUAAAACGGAAAUUAGAAGAUGAUGAUUACGAUAAAUAAACAACUGCAAAUAGAAAUUAAGUAAAACCAUUCUUGUCCAUACUCAUUUUUUGUAAAUAUUUGAAAUAAACUUAUGACAUAUUAGAAA